GCCAUUGAUGAAACAUGCCGCAAGUUGGAUUAGAAAGCCUUCGAUUUUGCAAGUUUUCUUAAAUGAUCUUUCGGGGAAUGAUUUUAACUCUAUCUUCAAGUCAUUGCCAAGUUUUCAUAAGAAGCUUAAGGAAGAGAUAGGUGCAAGUUUGGGCCUUAUUUCAUAG